GCAGUUAACAAGGAUAAACGUUGCUUUAAUUUUUAUGAGCCUCGUUGUCCUAGAAGUUUGUUGUACCGAAUCUCAACAUGGUAAUUUAUCAGCAGAUAAAUCAGAGAAGAAAACCUACCAUGAUAAGCAUGCAUCACAAUCAUUGCCAAAAUUGGGAAGAAAGAAACGAAACCCAAGUGAUGAUGUCUUCAGGGAAGAAAUGGAGCAAAAGGAACAGGCUAAUUUGUUUGAUAUGCUUCAAGACACUCCUUGGGCUGUAGUAGCAGUUAGUGAUGGGAAACGUCAUGUAUCCAGUUUUACACCAAGAUUAGGUAGAGAAUUAGAAGAGGACUUUGGGUCUAAUGUGGAGUUUGAGCUGUCAGAGAGGUCUCCUUUUUCUCCACGAUUAGGCAAACGAAUGACUCCAUUUUCGCCAAGAUUAGGAAGAUAUGCUGAACGAUUUUAAUUCAGAUAUGUGUUGUAUUUAAUAAACAAGUAAUAAAUUGAUAUAAGAUGAA